AUGAUAGUAUACAGAUCGCUAGUUCUGAGGAGGCUUGCUUAUUGUGUACUAACGAAAAAGGUGGCAAAAAAAAAAAAUUGUUUUUUUUUUUUUCUGAACAGUUCAGGUAGAAAAUUUUCAUCAAUUUGUGUAGAAAAUUUACGAAAUAUUGGAAUUAGUGCACAUAUAGAUGCAGGAAAAACGACUUUAACAGAAAGAAUUUUGUAUUAUACUGGGAAAAUAAAAAGCAUACAUGAGGUUAGAGGAAGUGAUGGAGUAGGAGCCACAAUGGAUUCAAUGGAUUUAGAAAGAGAAAAAGGAAUAACAAUUCAAUCAGCAGCAACUAACUGUAAUUGGGAAUUUAAUAAUAAAAAAUUUACAAUUAAUAUAAUUGAUACCCCAGGUCAUGUGGAUUUCACAAUUGAAGUGGAAAGAUCUCUAAGAGUCUUAGAUGCAGCGGUUCUGGUUAUUUGUGCCGUUUCAGGAGUUCAAAGUCAAACAUUAACAGUAAAUAGACAAAUGAAUCGAUAUUCCAUUCCUAGAAUUUUGUUUAUUAAUAAAUUAGAUAGAGAUGGUGCAAACGUCGAGAGGACUUUAAGUAUGAUUGAAAACAAAUUAAAUUUAAAUACUUUAUUGCUACAAAUGCCAAUUGGGAUAGAACAAAAACUCAAAGGGGUAUACGAUCUUAUUUCCAGAAAAUGUUAUUUAUUCAAAGGUCCGAAUGGUGCACUAGUAGAAGAAGUAAAAGACACUGAGGUGAUUCUGAACGAUCCUUCCUUUUCUCACGAAACAAUGGAAAUGUUGAGAACACGAAUUUUUGAAAAGCUAGCCGAUAUAGAUGAUGAAUUUGCAGAAAUUUAUCUGAACCAAGAAAUUAAAAAUAUCAAAAAUGAGGAUGUGUAUGCUGCUAUACGAAAGUGCACUAUAAAAAAUAUGAUAGUACCGAUAUGUCUGGGUAGCGCAAAAAAUAAUAUAGGAGUUCAAAUUCUGCUGAAUUACGUGUGCAAAUUUUUACCUUCACCUAAUGAGAUCAGCAGUUAUGGGUAUGUGUACAAUGAAGGAGGAGGAGACCAUCAUGACAAGAAGGAAGAGGUUAUCGAUAGUGGAAGUUCCAAUACACAAAUUCGAAGCAAGAACAAGAAACGUAUAGAACUACAUUGCGAUAGUUCUCUGCCAAUGGUAGGAUUUCUAUUUAAAAUUCAAGAAGAUUCGAUGUAUGGUCAAAUGAGUUAUUUCAGGAUAUAUCAAGGGAAAAUUAAAAAAAAGGAUAUGAUAACAAAUAUGAUAACAAAUAAAAAAGAAGUAAUAAAAAAAAUUAUGAAAAUGCACUCAAAUAUGGCACACGAAGUUAUUGAAGCAUAUGCAGGUGAUAUUGUUGCAAUAAAUGGAAUUAGCGGAACAACUGGGACAACUUACACGAAUGGAAUAUGUUCCAAUUUACAUUUACUGAAUAUACAUGUACCUAAGCCAGUAAUAUCUGUCGCUGUGGAUAUUGAAAAGAAGGGAGACGUAACAAAAUUGACAAAGGCAUUAAACAGAUUUGUAAAGGAAGAUCCAACAUUUCAUGUGAAAACUGAUGAACAAACAAAGGAAAUAAUUUUUGAAGGAAUUGGAGAAUUACAAUUAGAAAUUUAUAAAGAGAGAUUAAAAAGAGAGUUCAAUAUUAAUGUAAAUUUAAAAAAUCCGAAAAUAAAUUUCAAGGAAACUAUUACCAAACCGUAUGAAUGUACGUACACUUAUAAAAAACAAAAGGGUGGUGCAGGAUUAUAUGCACAUGUUCAUGCAAUUUUUGAAACAGUAUCAGAUGAUUAUAAUGAAACAACAUAUUGUACUUUCGUCAAUGAAGUAAUUGGAAAUGAUUUGCCAAAAAAUUUUAUCUUAUCUAUUGAAAAAGCUUUUAAAGAACAAAUAGAAAAAGGGUAUCUGAACAGUUCAGAAAUUAUUAACAUGAAAAUGAGAUUAAUUGGUGGAAAAACACAUGAAGUGGACAGUAACGAUUUGGCAUUUAAAAAAGCAACUAUUAAUCUAAUUAAAGAAAAUUAUCAAAACUUUUCUCCAGUACUUUUAGAACCAAUUAUGCUCGUGGAAAUCAUCUCCCAUUAUGAACAUCAAAGUAAAAUUCUUACCAGUAUUACAAAACGAAAAGGGCUUGUCACCAACAUUCUUAGUCAAAUGAACAUGGUACACAUACAUGCUGACAUACCACUCAAGCACAUGUUCAAUUAUAUAAACGAGAUAAGGGCAAUUACACAGGGACAGGGAACCUAUACAAUGGAGUUCUCUCGCUACGAACAAGUUAGUAAGACUGAUUUGGAUGAUAUAUUGAAAAAACGUCGGGAGGAGAAGUGA